UUUUGAGCUGCCCCGCAAAGUUACAAUCACAGCAGCCAGCAGCAGCGGCGGAACCAACGGCAGCAAUGGCCGCUUUCCGCAGAGUGGCAGCGCUGGCCGGAAAACUCAACCUCUGGUCCGCGGCGAGAAACGAAGUACUCGGCAUUCCGACGGCCGGAGGAGGGGGAACAAGGAGGCGUCUGGUUGCGGGGAUGUGCGUUGUAACGGGGGGCGCCGUGGCACUUUACUUCUACGGUGAUACGUGGAGCGACCGAGGCAGGGAGGUGAUGAGGAGGAGGAGUAGGCACAGCAUCAACGGUUUGCUGCCGUCCAUCCCGACCGUCGAAGCCAAGGAGAAGGCACGGCUGUUUGACUUUGAGGAAGGAGACGUGUACAUGUCUUCCCAUGAGUAUCGUUUCCGCAAGUUCAGUUCUGUGGAGUACGAAGGACAGCUGUACAUGACCCCGCAGAACUUCAUUGAGUCGGUUACCAUGAGUGAACCAAGAAACAAGAGGCCCUGGAGGUCCCUGACCAAACAGGAGCUGGAGAAGAUCUUGUCAGACACUCCCCCAGUUUGGAGAGGAUCUUCCAAACUGUUCCGCAACCUGAGAGAGCGAGGCAUCAUCUCAUACACAGAGUACCUGUUCCUGCUCUGCAUCCUGACAAAGCCUCAUGCUGGCUUUAAGAUUGCUUUCAAUAUGUUUGAUGCGGACGGCAACCAGAUGGUGGACAAGAGGGAGUUCUUGGUGCUUCAGGAGAUCUUUCGAAAGAAAAAUGAGAAGAAAGGGAGGAAAGGAGAUGCUGAGAAGUCGGCACAGUUGAGUAUGCAGCUGUAUGGAUAUCAGGUUGCCCCCAUGAACAGCGUGCUAAAAAAAGAGAGUCAGGAGUUUGUGGCACGGAGUUACUGGGACGUUUUGAGGCGAAGCGCCAGUCAAAUCCUGUUUUCUGACCUGGCGGAGCGAGCAGAUGAAAGCAUCACUAUUGACACCACACUAUUGGUCCAUUUCUUUGGGAAGAAAGGGAAGGCAGAGCUUACAUUUGAUGACUUCUACAGGUUUAUGGAUAACCUCCAGACAGAGGUUCUGGAGAUUGAGUUUCUGACCUACUCUAAAGGUAUGACCACCAUCAGUGAAGAAGACUUUGCCAAAAUCCUGCUGCGUUUCACCAACGUGGAAAACAUCAGCGCCUACCUUGAGAAUGUCCGACACAGUAUACCUGAUGAAAAGAAGCAGGGAAUCACCUUUGAUGAGUUCAGAUCCUUCUUCCAGUUUCUCAACAACCUUGAGGACUUCGCCAUCGCCAUGCAGAUGUACAACUUUGCUUCACGCUCCAUUGGACAAGAUGAGUUUGCAAGAGCGGUUUAUGUGGCCACAGGCCUCAAGCUGACACGUCACCUUGUAAACACCAUCUUCAAGAUCUUUGACGUUGACCAUGACGACCAGCUCUCCUACAAGGAGUUCAUUGGCAUCAUGAAAGACCGUCUGCACAGGGGAGCCAGGGGCUAUAAAGCUGUGGAGCGCGCCACCUCCUUUAAAUCCUGUCUGAAGAAGGAGCUGGCAAGCAGCAGGUGAAGGGCAGACACCACACCUCCUUCACCAGCUGCGUUCGCUCUGAGGCCAGGAGACAAGUGCACCAUCUGCGGAGGAGGUACCAGGAGAACCCAUAGAGGAUGGAGUAUAUCUGACAGAGCCCAGACUUUAAUUAGCCAGCAGCCUGGGUUAGCAGCAUUGUAUAUUCAAGGGCAGAUCUCGAGUCAACCUCCAGACCAGAUCAUAACUAAAAGCAUGUCUGCACACAGCUGACUGAUGAUGCUGACAGUAAGCAACAUCAUCCCUCCUCCUCCAUCCCCCUUGAUCUAUGCCAGUCAUCAUAAGCAUGAUUUACUGUGUAUUAAAAUAAAGUAGAAUUAGAUUUGAGUAGAACUUAAGUGCUGAUGGAUGGGACUUCAACAAUAGUUGGAAGGGCAACUAACUGAACUAAAUGUUUAUUUUUUACAAUUAAAUGGAUUUUUUUUCUUAAUGAAUGAUGCAAUCAGUUCAUUUGUUCUGCAGAAAGAGAGAGCACAAGCAUUAUUAAAUUGAUUUGAUUGUGGUAACAUUGUCUGAAGUUAAUAUUAUAGUAACAUGAAAUAAAACCUGAAAAGUUCUAAAACAGUGUAAUUAAAUGAAGUAAUUAUGGAUAUGUAUUCUCCUCAUCUCAUUUUAAUUGUCUCAAUCGUUUUAUCAAAAUCCUUAAUGUCUUCAUGUGUUUUAUGUUUGAGAGUCUUAGUUGCAGGUAUAACACAGAUAUCCACAUGGGUGCCUUCUCUCCAUUCCCUUUCUCAAUCAAAGUACUUGGAGACAUUAAAUCAGCACUGUGCAGCUGUUAUUAGCAACACGACUGGGGUAUGAUUACAUUAUUUCUGUUCCAUGCGAUUCAUAUCAGACAGAUUAAUGACCAAAUAACAUUUUUAUGUAUUGUGUUAAAUAUGUGAUAUGUCAUUUGAACACAUGGAAAGGAAAACGAAUUCCAGAUGUCUACGGUAUAAUGAAGAUUUACCUAAUGAUUUCUCCCGAUGUAAAAUGCUGUCAUUUAUAUAAUCACGUAUUUGUCACAUCAGCGGUUCUGGUGAAUGAAUUUUAUUGCACGAAUAAACUUAUUUUAAACAGAGUGUUUUUAUUGAGCAUGCGCAACGAAACGUUCGACAUCAUAUUAGCAACCGGCUAAGAAAUGAUCAAGUGUUGAAUGUGUUAUCCGUUUUUAUCCGACCGCAAAGCUAUGAGUAUGCGCCAAGCCUAGCUUUCUCACUCUGGUAAGUUAUUCUGACUCGUCCAUGGGUGUUAGGUGUUUAAAAUAAACAACAUGAAAUUUAAGGGUAUUUAGAGCGCUGUAGGUGAACAUUGUGAAGUUAGCUGUAAAUUAGCCAGCUGUGGUGACCUUACAAAACGGUUCAUGUGUUUGACUAGAAAGUUGAGUGUGUUGUUGUAUACCAGUUGUAUCAGGCAAUAACAGCAAUAAUAUAAUGUAUUGUCAGUUUUGGCGAAACAGUAGGCUAUACUUACUGUAAAGUUUGAAUUCAACUGUUAGCUGGUGAAAUGCUACCAUCUGGUGUCGCGCCAAACCAACUGCUGCUAAAUCAGUAUACUUGUACUCGGGGAUAUAUUUUACGAUGAAACAAAACAUUUUUUACUGUCUUCUAUCUAACUUCGUCAUUUUGCUUGUCCACUAUUGACAUACGGUGAUAAUUAUGUCAGCGUUUAAACUGUAUUAUUCGGAGGCAUGUGCUUAAAGGGGUUGGAGUGGUAGACGGAACGUUUCUUCUUAGUCACCUCUCUGUCGUUUCCUGUCAGGAACAUUAAAACCGACGCACCGUGAAACACCUACUCUUAAACGGUUUAUACCUUAUACCUAAAAUAACUUACGGUCGCUUCUACCGUCCACGGAUGUGUUCAAUUUAAUUAAUGUUUAUAAUGUCCAUACACAGGUAAACGUAACGACUCAUAUAGUUUUUUGAAAGAAGUUGUAAAUACGUGUAAUGUAAUGACGUAUGUGAUGGCUUUCGCAAGGCAUUCUGGGUCCCUCAAAGAUGGAUUAUAACACUAAAUAAAUAGUCUUAGAAGCACUGAGGUGUCUAUCUUUCUAUCUGUCUCUCUUGCUUGUGUUAUAACAAUUCAUUUUAUCUCGUGAUCUGGCUGUUUUUGCCACAUUUAUCUACGGAGACGAACCCUGAGUGAGGAUGGUUGUUCUGCUGAUGGGGUGCUGUUUCCACCCAGCUAUCCGUUAAGACUAUACUUUCAGGGAUCAUUUCUAUAGUUUCUGACUUGAGAAAUGUGCUUCUAAAGUGUAUGGUCUCGCUAACCACGAUGAUGAGUUGUGAUGUUCCUUUCUGAGCGUGAAGCGGAUGGAGAAUAAUGAUUCAGUUCAUAUGUUCUCUAUCAUUGAUGACCGUUCUUUACUUCCUCGUGGAGUAUUGAGGAGAGGAACAUGAUCAGAGU